GCCCAAGGUGGGACCUAAGGAAUAAAAAAAGUGAGGGUAAAGAUUUCAACCUUCAGUGUCUUGGCUACAAAAACAGAUUCUUUAAAUUCUGGUCCUUAAAUUGUUCGUGAAAACCAAUAUAUAUGCGUGUAAAACACACACUUCUAGCAAAUUUUCAGGUAGAGCAUGUCCGCCACACGUAGUGUUUGAUAAUUUUGGAACCAACCCUUUGAAGUUUUGAGGUGUCAACACACAUAAUUAGCUAAAAAAACAAAACACUCUGAAGAAGAGAAAAAAAUGGGAAGCAAUAAUGGAAGAAGCAGGGAGUCAACUUUUUACAAAGAAGUGCUGCCAUUUACAGCUAUGGUGGCUAUGGAAUGCAUAAAUGUUGGCUUAAACACACUUUACAAAGCUGCUACUAACAAGGGCAUGAGCCAUUAUGUCUUUGUUGUUUACAGUUAUGGUCUUGCUGCUCUUCUCCUCCUUCCUUCUCCUUUCUUCUCCACCAGAUCAAGACUACUUCCACCUCUCAACUGCUCAAUCCUAGCAAAAAUCUUUCUUCUUGGAGUUAUCGGGUGUACAUCACAGAUAAUGGGGUAUACAGGAAUCAACUAUAGCUCUCCUACGCUUGCCUCCGCCAUCAGCAAUCUUGUCCCUGCUUUUACUUUCGUCCUGGCUGUCAUUUUCAGGAUGGAGAAGAUACAGUUGAAAAGAUCAAGCACUCGAGCCAAAGUCUUGGGCACGGUGGUAUCCAUAGCUGGAGCAUUCGUAGUGACUCUAUACAAGGGUCCAAAAUUAUUAGUGCCUACAACGCCCACAACCAAUUUACUACGUCAACCUCUCCGCUCAUCUCAAUCGAAUUGGAUGCUUGGUGGCCUUUUCCUCACAACUGAGUAUUUUUUAGUCCCCAUGUGGUAUAUAGUUCAGACGUGGAUUAUGAAGGAGUAUCCAGCAGAAGUGACUGUAGUUUUCUUCUACAACUUGUGUGUGAGCAUCCUAGCUGGUAUUGUUGGAAUUUUCUCUGAACCUGACUCCAACAAAUGGAUAAUUAAACCAGAUAUUGCAAUGGCCUCCAUCCUCUGCUCUGGAAUUUUGGGCUCAUCCCUAAAUAAUACAAUUCACACCUGGGCUUUGCGCGUGAAAGGACCUGUCUAUGUGGCAAUGUUCAAACCACUGUCCAUUGCCAUUGCAGUUGCCAUGGGAGUCGUUCUCCUAGGAGAUACUCUCUAUUUGGGAAGCAUCCUGGGAGCGACAGUAAUUGCCAUUGGCUUCUAUACCGUAAUGUGGGGAAAGGCAAAAGAGAUGCCAGAAUACGAUGAUUCUAGUGAUCUCGAGUCGUCUCCAGCUCAAAAGUUCCCCUUGUUACACAAUUAUAAAAAUGAAGGCAUCUCAAACAAGUAAACAAUUAGUAGGAAGGUGCAGAAAGGGAAGUCGCACAAAAAGCUGUAGGCUGUAGCUGCGAUGUGCGAAAGACGCUAUCUUUUAUCAACAAAUCGAGUAGCGGGUUGUAUAGGAAGAAACAAAAGGCUUCUGUGGGUAAAAAAGAUCAGUAAACUGUAGGCAUAUAUCCUUUGUUCUGUACAGCUCUUCUGGAAAAGACUUCUUUGCCACUGACAUUUUAUCAGUGGCUUCAAAGUAGUCUGAAAGUCACUAGAGGAGAAACAGAAUGCUCCACUUGUAUCUCAGGAAUGAACUAAAGCCUAUGUUAGUAUUUAGUACAGUAACUGAACAAAAAUGAAAAAGGUAAUUAAGGCCUUGCUAGUUAAUCUCAA